AUGUCGUCUCCAGACGAGGACACGUAUACUUCGAGCCCGAGAAACUGGCACGAACAAGGGCGACGGCUACAGAGGGCUUGUGUCGACUUCGAGGAAGCGCUUCUCAGCCUGCGUAACAUACGGCAGCUCCGGGUCUGCAUCAAAGGUCGUGAGUCUGGCCAUUUCCUACAUUGGCGGGGCUAUGUUUUCGAUGUCUCAUAUGCUACUUGCUUCGGACUCGACUGGGACAUGGCCAUAGCGGAGGAGAUAGCCCCUCUCGCCUUCAUCUUGCGAAUUCUUGGCAAACGCAAUUCUUCCAGCGACAGCCUGACCUCAAUCCGGAUGCAUUUGAAUGGGGACAAGUGGUGGGGCCUGCAGGAUAUCGACUAUGCUUGGACGGCACCGAACGCGGAUGAAUACGAGGAUGAAGAUGAGGGAAUGGAAACCUUCGGGGGCCGUUCUGAGUCUAUUAUACAGAAAAACUGUCACAUGGCAGAGAAGGCCUUCAUUCAUCUCACCGAUAUCCGCAUUGGCUUCGGGCUACAGGACGACAAUCAUGUGUUCUUGGAAGCCCUGGGCCGGUGCCUGGAGAAGGCAAAAAAGCUCGACCGUCUUGACCUCUCCGCAUUUGGGCAUGACGUCCUAUGGAAUGUCGCACACUUUGACAUGCUCACCAAAAUCAACAAUUUUGCGCGAUGGCCAAUGAUUCGGCAUUUGAAUUUGGACAGUGUCCAAUUCAUGGAAGGAUCCAUCCUCCGUAUGCUUUCCCUUGUUGCACCCACAUUGGAGAAAUUAUCACUAAAGAACUGCCUUCUGUUGGAUAACCCGGACUCGGAUGACGACUGGGAUGAAAACCUGGAUGAAAAGAGCUCGUGGUCAAAGGUUUACGAUAAAAUGAGGCUUAUUUCCUUCCGAGCCUUGUACGAUCUAAAUUUCAAGUGGUGUUAUCAGAAGACUGUCCACACAGACCUGCUUGAGAGUUCAGAUUGGUCUCCACCGGAAAAUGAAGAUAUUUCUGGGCAGGUUAAACACAUAAUGGUUGAUUCUGUAGGAGUGCACUUGGUAAUAGGGUACUCGUCUGACAUCUACGACUACAUCCUGAAAAGAACGGAGACGAAGCCCCCUUUACGAUUUUUUCGUGCGCUGGAUUCUGACGUAGUUUCUCUUGGCAUCUUGGAUCACGACUGGAUAUGGAAUUGA